AGUAAAAUUCCGGCAUCUUUUCUUUCCUACAGCUGUGAAUUCUUUGCUAGGUUUAUUCUCAGCAGAAUUAUUGCUUUAAGCUUAUGCCCUUCUAUGCAGUUCUAUAGCUAAGACUAAGCUGAAGAGAAUAGUUAAAGUAGCUUCUCCAGUUUUGCGACCUUCUCCUACUUCUCCUUCCCCUCCAUCCUCAGCCUUGACAGUCAAGAACCAAAUUAAACUGAUCUGCUGCAAGCUGUGCAACAUUUUCUCUUAAUUUAUUAUGAUACCUUUUGAAUGAUGAGAGGAGUAAGAUGAUCUCAAGUCCAAGGGAAAAAGAUUUUCAAGCAAAGCAAGAGGGAGAAACCAAUGACGGCAAGUUCUCCAAGGGGUCAUCAAGUUCAAGGCAGUGGUCAGGAUUUAGAAAUCCAAGGAUUGUCAGAGUUUCGCGUUCUUUUGGAGGAAAAGAUAGGCAUAGCAAAGUUUGCACUAUAAGGGGAUUAAGGGACCGGCGGAUUAGGCUUUCUGUACCUACUGCAAUUCAGUUAUAUGAUUUGCAAGAAAGGCUUGGGCUUAGUCAGCCUAGCAAGGUAAUUGAUUGGUUGCUUGAUGCUACUAAAACUGAUAUUGAUAAGCUUCCACCACUUCAGAUGCCACCAGGAUUUGGUCAGUUCCAUCAGCAAAUGCUAGUACCCCAUGAAUCAAAUUCCUCUCAAUCCUCUCUUGCUCCUUUCUUUGAGGCAAAUUCUAUGUUCAUGAAGGACGGGGAAGACCCAAGCAUAGCGGCAAAAAGAUACUGGGAUAUGGACGCCGCAUUGAGAGCAAAAAGCAAGGAAGUUGAAAGGGAAAGUACGACUGCUGCGGAGAAGGGAAAGUGGAUCAAAGUAACUGAACAACAUGAAAAUCAAGAUGGAAUUGGUGAUUAUAGUGGACAGGCUUCAUCUCAAAAGCAUUUUCCAGUAGCCAAUCAUUCCUCAUUACCUGGCUUGUCAAACACUGCCAUGCCCUUCAAUUCCUACUACCAUUGGGAGCCUUCAAGCCUAUCUUUAUCCCAAUUUGGAAAUCAUGGAUUUCUGUCCCAAACUGAAAAUUUCCUCCAUGGUAACACUACUGUGCCAUUGCCAUCUUCACUGGCUCUUCCAUCUGCGCAUGCACCCCAGCUAUUUUUCUGUCCACCAUCAACAAUGCCUUCACUGUUUCCCUCAUAUCCUCCAUAUGUUACUACUACUCCAGGGGAUAGUAGUGAUUCCAGGCAAAUCAAUCAUUUCCAAUUACUGAGCUCAAGUUCCCAACAUAUUCUACCAAAUUCUGUCACAAUGAGUCCUUCCAUGAAGCCUUUCUCAUUGAACGUAAAUGCUGGCCUCAGAACUCAUACACAAAAUGAUGAUGAAAGUCACGCAGAUGAGGAUAAUAUCGAUUCUUGAAAGAGAUCCUGGUGGCUGGUUCAAGACUUCAAAUUGAUAUAAUUUGAUUUCUUGGACUGCAUUCAUGGAUCGGCAUGAAUUUGGCAGAAUUAUUAGAGGUAUUUCAUAUGUUUUGCUGGUCAUUACAUUUUGUUUCAAAUACAUCAGAAUGGAUAUGUUGAAUGUAUCAACCAGAAGAAAGAAGAGAAAUUGCCUUGACAGUUGACAGUUAUUUUCAACUUCUUUAGGUGGGAUUAAUUAAUUCUACAAUACAGGUAAGGUGCUAUAAUACUUUCUGGCUAUUCUAAAUGCAUAUUAUUCUUAUUAUUAUUAUUAUUAUUUAUAGACAGAGUUUUAAUUAGGUAGGUGAAAUGAAAGUUAUUUUGUACUUUAAUUUUCUACAGAAUGGCAAUAUUGAUUCUUGUGUGUUAA